AUGGCCAACAGGCCUUAUCGUUUGAGCGUCUCUCAGGCCAACGCCAUCGAUGCCAUCCUUACUUUGGAGUUCGUCCCCGUCAUCGUCGCAUCAGACCCCACCUUUGUUAUUGGCUAUUCGGCUGUCCGUGGCUGGGCCCGCGAGCGCCAGCAGGAGUUACUCGCGCAUCCCCUUUUUGAGACCCACACGGACAGAGAAAGACAGCUUCUCGCGAUGGCUCUCGACAGAAGAUUUCGAAACUUCUAUCGCAACCGGCAGCACGGUCAUAUACCCCCUGCGCCAGUAGCAGACGAGGAUGGCCCUCAGGUCUAA